UUCAGCAGAGAGAGGGAGAGAAGGAGAGAGAGAGAGGGAGAGAGAGAGGGAGAGCUGGAGAAAGUCAAACUCUCAGCUCAUCCUGCACAAAAGCUUUUAGAGCAGUUCGAGUUCUGCGUCUCUUCACUUCACUGCUGCAUGCUGAUCUUCUGCCAUGAUUAAACUCUAGAGCUCCAGCCGAGGAUCCUGCACUCUUCUUUCUCUCCUCGUCCUUCUUUUCUCCAGCUGGUUUUAUAUCAGACAGAGGAGAGACACACAGGCUGCUGCAGGGAGAUCUGAUCCGGAUCGUCCCUGAGCUGCGUUUUCUUUUUAUAAAGUGGAUUAUCAGAGGGGCAGGAUGUGGUGGCUGAGGUUGUUGAUUUUGGGAUUUUGGUCAGCUCUUGUGGUGCUUGGCGCGACUGAAGAUGCCAAACCGGAGCAGAAGGAAGUCAGCAGGACCAAACGCAGAGGAAACACGGGACAGCUUGGCCUCAAGGGCCCAAAUGUGUGUGGAACACGACAACACUCGUACUGCUGUCCUGGAUGGAAAACACUCACCGGAGGGAACCAGUGUAUUGUCCCAAUCUGCCGUAGUUCCUGUGGUGACGGAUUUUGUUCCAGACCAAACAUGUGCACCUGCCCAAAUGGACAGAUCGCUCCAUCCUGUGGCUCCAAAUCAGUUCAAAACUGUAAUAUUCGCUGUAUGAACGGAGGAACGUGUGCUGAAGAUAACUGUCUGUGUCAGAAAGGCUACACCGGAGCUCACUGCGGCCAGCCGGUGUGUGAGUCGGGAUGUUUGAACGGAGGAAGGUGUGUUGCUCCAAACCGCUGUGUGUGUACAUACGGAUUCACCGGAGCUCAGUGUGAACGAGACUACCGGACAGGCCCGUGUUUUGCAGCAGUGAGUAAUCAGAUGUGUCAGGGGCAGCUAACGGGGAUAGUGUGCACUAAAACGCUGUGUUGUGCGACGGUGGGCCGAGCCUGGGGUCAUCCGUGUGAACAAUGUCCUGCUCAGCCUCAGCCCUGCCGCCGGGGCUUCAUCCCAAACCACCGCACCGGAGCCUGCCAGGACGUGGAUGAGUGCCAGGCCAUUCCUGGUCUGUGUCAGGGAGGAAAAUGCAUUAACACAGUGGGCUCGUUCGAGUGUAAAUGCCCUGCAGGACACAGAUUCAACGAGAUCAGCCAGAAAUGUGAAGAUGUAGACGAGUGUUCAACUAUCCCCGGAUUGUGCAGUGGAGGCGAAUGCUCCAACACCAUCGGUAGCUACGUCUGUAGAUGUGCUGUGGGAUACGACACGGCUCUGGAUGGAUCACGGUGCAUUGAUGCCCAUGCAGGAAUUUGCUUUGACAGUAUCAUAAAUAACCGCUGUGCGAACCAGAACCCCCAGCGUAUGACCAAGACCCAGUGCUGCUGUUCAGUGGGCCGCUGCUGGGCCAGAAACACCAUCCCUGAGAUUUGCCCCAUCCAGGGAACAGAGGAGUACCAGAUAUUGUGUCAACAGAUCCAGCCUCUUGUUCCUGGUCCUGUUGGACCUUAUCUUCCUAGUGGACCUGGUACAGGCCCAUAUAUUCCAUACAGUCCAUUUGGUCCUGCUCCACAGGUCCCUGUUCGGCAACCUCCAGACCGACCAGUUAUUGUGCCAACACUACACCUCAUACCAGGUUUCCUGAACAUUUCAAACAUGUGUGAAGUCGUGAGGAACCUGUGUUUGAAUGGUCGCUGCAUUCCAGUCCCUGGGAGUUACCGCUGCGAGUGUAACAUGGGCUUCCAUCUUGAUGACCGUGGGGAGUGUAUUGAUGAUGACGAGUGUGAGCGUAAUCCAUGUGUGCAUGGCCAGUGCAUAAACAUUCCAGGUUCCUACUACUGUCAGUGUCCUCUUGGAUUUCAGACUACUGCUACCAGAACUGAGUGCAAAGAUCUGGAUGAGUGUGUAGCUAACGGACGUAUCUGCAAUAACGGACGCUGCGUGAAUACGGAGGGGAGUUUCCACUGUGUGUGUAACGCUGGCUUUGAACUCACUUCUGAUGGGAAGAACUGCCAAGAUAUGGACGAGUGCAAGAUUAGGAACAUCUGUCUGAACGGGAUGUGCAUCAACGAUGACGGCAGCUUCAAGUGCAUCUGUAAAGCCGGGUUCCUGCUGGAUGGCACGGGACGUUACUGCAUCGACAUUGAUGAGUGUGAGACUCCAGGAAUGUGCUUAAACGGCCGCUGUGUGAACACCGAGGGCUCCUUCAGGUGUGAAUGUAUGCCAGGACUUGCUGUCGGCCUCGAUGGACGCACAUGUGUGGACACGCACAUGCGCAGUACGUGUUAUGGUGGUUAUAAGCGUGGUCAGUGUGUGCAGCCGUUCUUCGGUGCUCUGACAAAAUCUGAAUGUUGCUGUGCGAAUACGGAAUACGCCUUUGGAGAACCGUGCCAACCCUGCCCAUCACAGACCUCAGCUGAGUUUUCUGCUCUGUGUCCUAGUGGAAUCGGUACGACCACCGAUGGCAGAGAUAUUAACGAAUGUGCGUUGAAUCCUGACAUCUGUCCAAACGGAGAGUGUGAGAACAUGCUGCGUACCUACAAGUGUAACUGUAACCUUGGUUUUGAGGUGGACCUGACGGGGAAAAUCUGCGUAGACAUUGAUGAGUGUGUGAGGAACAGGUUGCUGUGUGAUAAUGGGUUCUGCCGGAACACUCCAGGCAGCUACGUCUGCCAAUGCAUCAAAGGUUAUGAAUUCAAGCCUGAGACUGAAGUAUGUGAGGAUAUUGACGAGUGUCUGUCCAAUCCCUGUGUGAAUGGAGACUGUAAGAACACUGUGGGCAGCUUCAACUGUGAAUGUGGCACCGGCAGCAGUCUGGACUCCACUGGAACCCAGUGUAUCGAGACGAGUAAGAGUACAUGCUGGUUGAAGGUGGUGAACGGUAAGUGUGAGGUGAACAUUAACGGAGCGACGCUGAAAUCUGAAUGCUGUGCUACACUCGGAGCGGCAUGGGGGUCACCAUGUAAAGUGUGUGAAAAAGAUACACAUUGCCCUAAAGGACACAUCCUAUCCAAGGGAACAGUUUGUGAAGAUGUGAACGAGUGUGAGGUGUUUCCGGGUUUGUGUAUUAAUGGGAAGUGUGUGAACACGGCCGGAUCGUUCUUCUGUCAGUGUCCCACUGGAAUGACCAUCGACGCGUCUGGGAGAAUCUGCAUCGAUCUGCGGACAGAGCACUGUUAUCUGUCCCAUGAGGACGAGCGAUGUGGAGCUCAGAUCCCGGGCCGUCACCGUGUGGAUGCGUGUUGUUGUUCGGUGGGCGUGGCCUGGGGCCCGGAGUGUGACGAGUGUCCUGAAAAAGGCUCGGCUGAAUAUAACCGUCUGUGUCCACGGGGACCGGGGUUCUCUCACCGCGGAGACUUCAUCAACGGAAAACCCUUCCUCAAAGAUAUAAACGAGUGUAAGAUGAUCCACAACCUCUGCACUAAUGGAAAGUGCCGGAACACCAUCGGCAGUUUCCGCUGCAGGUGUAACAGCGGAUUUGACCUCGACUCUGAUGAGAGGAACUGCACAGAUAUCGAUGAGUGUCGUAUCUCUUACGGGACGUGUGUGAACACGGAGGGAGAUUUCAAGUGCGAGUGUUUCCCUGGUUACGAAAGUGGUUUCAUGAUGAUGAAGAACUGUAUGGAUAUUGACGAGUGUGAGAGAAACCCGCUCCUGUGUCGUGGAGGUGAUUGUAUAAACACUGAGGGAAGUUUCCAGUGCAUCUGUCCUCGAGGACACGAAGUUUCUACUGACGGAACCGCCUGCCUCGACAUUAACGAGUGUGAGCUGAGUGAUAAACUGUGCAGAAAUGGACAGUGUGUGAACAUGAUCGGACGCUAUCAAUGUUCCUGCAACACCGGCUACAAAUCCACAGAGGACCGACUGUCCUGUAUCGACAUCGAUGAGUGUACUAUCCUGAAUGGCGGCUGUGAGACGACCUGCACAAACUCAGAUGGCAGCUAUGAGUGUAGCUGUCGCCGUGGAUACGCCCUGAUGCCCGACCAGCGCAGCUGCACCGACAUCGAUGAAUGUGAGGAGAGUCCAGAUAUCUGUGACGGAGGUCAGUGCACCAACAUCCCAGGAGAGUAUCAGUGUCUCUGCUAUGACGGCUACAUGUCCUCUGAAGAUAUGAAGACCUGCCUGGAUGUGGACGAGUGUGAGCUAAACCCUAAUAUCUGUCUGAGUGGGAAGUGUGAGAACACCAAAGGAUCUUUCAUCUGUCAUUGUGAACUCGGCUACUCCGUCAGGAAGGGAACAACCGGCUGUACAGAUAUUAACGAGUGUGAAAUCGGAGCUCAUAAUUGUGCCAGACACGCCACUUGCACCAACACAGCUGGAAGCUUCAAAUGCAGCUGUGGACCUGGAUGGAUCGGGAACGGGAUUGUAUGCACAGAUCUGGACGAGUGCUCUAACGGUACACACCAGUGCAGCCCAAAUGCGGAGUGUAUGAACACCAUGGGCUCAUACCGCUGCAUGUGUAAGGAGGGAUUCGCUGGAGAUGGGUUCUUCUGCACAGAUUUUGACGAGUGUGCGGAGAACGUGAAUCUGUGUGAGAACGGUCACUGCCUGAACGUUGCCGGCGGUUACCGCUGUGACUGUGACAUGGGCUUCAUUGCAACACCUGAUGGACAAGCAUGUGAAGACAUUGACGAGUGUUCGUUUGCUGAUAUCUGUGUGAACGGGCAAUGUCAAAAUAUUCCGGGUUUAUUCAGGUGCGUUUGUCAUAUUGGCUACGAGCUGGACCGCAGCGGAGGAAACUGUACAGAUAUAAACGAGUGUGCAGACCCCACCACGUGUAUCAGCGGCUUCUGCGUGAACACUCCAGGUAGCUACAUCUGUAACUGCCCCCCCGACUUUCAGCUCAAUCCUACAGGAGUCGGCUGUGUGGACACUCGUUCCGGGAAUUGCUAUCUUGACGUUCGUUCCCGUGGCGACGCUUCAGAGAGUUUGGACUGUUCUAAUGAGAUCGGUGUGGGGGUGUCUAAAGCCUCCUGCUGCUGCUCGUUAGGACAGGGGUGGGGAAAUCCAUGUGAGGCCUGUCCACCACUUAACUCCUCUGGGUAUAAAAAUCUGUGUCCUGGUGGAGAGGGUUUCAGACCCAACCCUAUUACAGUCAUAGUGGAGGACAUUGAUGAGUGUCAGGAGCUGCCCGGUUUGUGUCAGGGUGGAGUCUGCAUCAACACAUUCGGAAGUUUUCAGUGUGAGUGUCCGAAAGGCUUCGCUCUCAACGAGGAUACUCGAGUGUGUGAAGAUGUGAAUGAAUGUGAAAAGCCUGGGAUCUGUGGUCCAGGUCAGUGCUACAACACCAUUGGGAACUACACCUGCAUCUGUCCUCCAGACUACAUGCAGGUUAAUGGAGGAAACAACUGCAUGGACAUGCGGCGCAGUCUGUGUUACAGGAACUAUUACAUGGAGAAUGCCACGUGUGACGGCGAGCUCACGUUCAACAUGACGAAGAAAAUGUGCUGCUGCUCCUAUAACAUUGGCAGAGCUUGGAACAAACCGUGUGAACGGUGUCCUACACCCAGUACCAAUGAGUUUGCAAUUCUGUGUGGCAGUGAGAGGCCGGGAUACCAAAUCGAUAUCUACACUGGACAAGUGAUCGAUAUUGACGAGUGCCGUGAGAUCCCAGGAGUGUGUGAGAAUGGAGUGUGUAUCAACCUUAUUGGCAGUUUCCGGUGUGAAUGUCCAAUGGGCUUUGUCUACAAUGAUAAACUGCUCAUCUGUGAAGAUAUUGACGAGUGUCAGAAUGGACCCGUGUGUCAGCAGAACGCCAGGUGCUUGAAUCUUGCGGGCAGUUAUCGCUGCGAGUGUGAGCAAGGAUACAGACUCACCCCCACCGGACUGUGCCUGGAUCGUAACGAGUGUAUAGAGAACCCUAAUGUGUGUAGUCCAGGUCAGUGUAUUGAUUUGGUGGGAGGAUAUCGGUGUCUCUGCCCCAACGGCUACAAGGCCACCACCGCCCCCGCCAUGUGCAUAGAUGUGGACGAGUGUGAGAGACAGCCAUGUGGUAACGGAACAUGUAAGAACACCAUCGGCUCCUACACCUGCCUCUGCUAUCCAGGGUUCGAACUGUCACACAACGAUGACUGCAUCGACAUUGAUGAGUGUACCACACAGAGAGGAAUAUGUCGCAAUGGGAACUGUAUCAACACAGUGGGCUCCUUCACAUGUGUGUGUCGUGAUGGUUAUGAACUUUCUCCAGACGGCCGGGUGUGUGUGGACGUUAAUGAGUGUGAUAUAAAUCCUGGAACUUGUAGUCCAGGAACCUGCCAAAAUCUGGAUGGCUCCUACAGGUGUAUCUGCCCUAUUGGAUAUUACCUCCUGGAUGAGAAGUGCGUAGAUAUCAAUGAGUGUGCUCAGACUCCAGAUAUCUGUAUCUAUGGACAAUGCCAAAAUACAGCAGGAAGCUUCAAGUGCAUCUGUGCUGAAGGCUUCCAGCUCUCCUCGUCUGGGAGGAGGUGUGUGGAUAAACGUGUGAGUUUUUGCUUCACUAAGUUUGAGAACGGUCGUUGUUCAGCUCCAAGGCCUCUGAACACCACUAAAGGAGACUGCUGCUGCAGCGCUAUGCCUGGUCAAGGAUGGGGAGACCCCUGUGACCUCUGCCCCAACAAGACCUCUGAUGACUUCAGCAUGCUCUGCUACAGCAAAGGACAGCCGUACGGGGUAGACGAUGGACCCGAGGACACGGAUGAGUGCAAAGACCCGAACAUCUGCCAUAAUGCUCAGUGUAUAAACACAGACGGCUCAUUCCGUUGUGACUGUCACAUCGGAUACUCUCUCGACUCGUCUGGUGCAAACUGUACAGAUAUAGACGAGUGCAGCGUGGGGAACCCAUGUGGUAAUGGAACCUGCACUAAUGUGAUUGGAGGAUUUGAGUGUGCAUGUGAGGAGGGAUUCGAACCUGGACCCAUGAUGACAUGCGAAGAUGUGAACGAGUGUUCCCAGAAUCCUUUGCUGUGCGCCUUCCGCUGUAUGAACACAUACGGCUCCUACGAGUGUAAAUGUCCUGCGGGAUACGUGCUCCGAGAAGAUCAAAGGAUGUGCAGAGACCAGGACGAAUGUGCAGAAGGUCUGGACGACUGCAAGUCCAAAGGAAUGACCUGUAAGAACCUGAUCGGAACCUACAUGUGCAUCUGUCCGGAGGGAUACACCCGAAAACCAGGAGGAGAGGGCUGUAUAGAUCUGAACGAGUGUACAGCGAAGCCCCGAGUGUGUGAGAAUGGCCGCUGUGAGAACACGGUGGGAAGCUACAGGUGCAGGUGUGACCAAGGAUUCACACCCAGCUCCACACUGACAGAGUGCAUCGAUAAUCGGCAGGGUUUCUGUUUCACUGAGGUUCUGCAGACUUUGUGUCAGAUGGGCUCCUCCAACCGAGUGAGCGUGACGAAAUCAGAGUGUUGCUGUAAUGGAGGUCGCGGUUGGGGAUCAGACUGUGAGAUCUGUCCACUUCCUGGAACGACGCAGUACAAAAAAAUGUGUCCACUUGGUCCUGGAUACACCACUGACCGACAGGAUAUUGACGAGUGUAAGGUGAUGGGGAAUCUGUGUAAGAAUGGCCGAUGUGUGAAUACGCUGGGCUCCUACCAGUGCAUCUGCAAUCCCGGAUACACCACCGACCUCACCAGCACCCUCUGUGUGGAUGUGGACGAGUGUGCUCAGGCUCCUAAACCAUGCAACUUCAUCUGUAAGAACAUCGAGGGAGGAUACGUGUGCUCCUGUCCACGGGGAUACAUACUGCAGGAGGACCGCAAGAGCUGCAAAGAUCUGGAUGAAUGCUCCACUAAGCAGCAUAACUGUCAGUUUUUGUGUGUGAACACAAUCGGUGGAUUCACCUGCAAGUGUCCACCAGGAUUCACACAACAUCACACAGCCUGCAUCGAUAACAAUGAGUGUACGUCAGAUCCGGGUCUUUGUGGUCCUAACGGAGUGUGUCAGAACAGCCCGGGAAGCUUCAGCUGCGAGUGCCAGAGAGGAUUCUCACUGGACCAGGGCGGCCAACGCUGCGAAGAUGUUGAUGAGUGUGACGGAGAUCAUCGAUGUAAUCAUGGUUGUCAGAAUCUGAUUGGUGGAUUCAGGUGUAGCUGUCCUCACGGCUACCUGCAGCACUACCAGUGGAACCAGUGUGUCGAUGAGAACGAGUGUCAGAGCGGGCAGGUGUGUGGCGGUGCGUCGUGUCACAACACACUGGGCAGUUUCCGCUGUGUGUGUCCCAGCGGCUUCAUGUUCACUCAGACCAGCGGACUGUGUGAGGACGUGAACGAGUGCUCGUCUCCACAGAACCCCUGCAACUACGGCUGCUCCAACACCGACGGGGGAUUUGUGUGUGUGUGUCCACCUGGAUACUACAGAGCCGGACAGGGGCACUGUGUAUCAGGAGUGGGCUUCAGCAGCAGUACUCCACCUGCAGUAGAUGAGGAGAACGCUCUCUCACCUGAAGCGUGUUACGAGUGUAAGGUCAACGGCUAUCCGAAGAAAGGACGGCAUCGACGCAGCAGCAACGCAACCAAGGUCGAUCAGGAAGUGAUCACUUCAGCCAGCGUGGAUGUUGAUGACAUCAUUCGUUUUAACCUGAGCAUGGGCGAGCUAAGUGCUAAAGAUCACAUCAUCGAGUUCCUGCCAGCUCUCUCCACGCUCAAAAACCACGUCCGCUACGCUAUCGACUUCGGGAACGACGCCGGCCUGUUCAAACUCAACCAGCGGGACGGAGUGAGCUUCCUGCGCUUGUCCAAAAACAAGCGCCACCAGCUUCUGCCUGGAGUUUAUUAUUUACACAUCAGCGGCGUUCCUGUGUAUGGUAAGAAGGAGCUGGAGGCGCUAGAGGACGAGAACGAUAAAGACUACCUCAGUGGAGAACUGGGAGAAACGCUACACGUUAAACUACAGAUCGACUUGCAUUAGCUUCAUACCAAAGAAACGAUCAAAGAGGACUCUUAUUUACUACAGCGAAUGAUCUCCACAUCAGAGAUUCCGUCUCUCCACAUCGUCUCUCAGAAAUAACCGUAACAAUAAUAACAGUACAUAUCUACGUUCAAUAGAACUGAAAGCUGCAGCGUCAAAGUGUCUUCUCUGAUCCAACACACAUUCUGAAUUACAGCAUUUGUACUGUGCCCUUGUCCACUUCCCCCAUCAGAUAAGUGUGCACUCGCAGCAAGCAUGACGAAGCUGAACUUUCCUUCACAACCUGCACAGUCACACUGGCUUGCUAACUUUCUAGUGUGAUUAUAAGCUAAUAGAAUAAACGCAGCAAACAAGCAGAAAAAAGCUGAAGAGCUAGCUAGCAUGGCAACAGAUGGUCUCCUCUCAUUGCCACAUUUGGUGGUGAUUAGCUACUGGGGCAAAAAUUGCUAACCAGCUGGCAUGCUAACUAGAUAGUAGAGUAAACCUGGCUGACUAGCUUCCUUGCGAACUGUCUGUGUUUAUAGCAAUUACCCAAUAUGUUAAUUAGAGCAGAGCAAAAUGUGCAGACUAGCUGGCUUGCUAAUUAGCUAGUAGAGCGCAGUUACACAUCUCCCUCAGUGUCAUGUACAGAUGGAUGAGCACAAGGAACAAAACCUAAUAAAAGCCCAAUGCCUUUUAUCUUCAGCCACCAUUCUGAAAAGAAAUCUUUCUCAGAUUGUAGCAAUGCUUUCUGGGUAAGCUGUGAUCCUGAAAACUGGUGUUGUUAACAGCUCCAGCGCAUCUUGGAUAGCUAAGGGGACUGGGUCAAGGGGAAGUAGACAAGGGCAGAUAAAAACAGCAUUGAAACAGUCAUGAAGCUAAAACAGUUGAAUAAAUUGUGUUAGAGCAGGGGACUGGACAGAAAUAUCCUUAUUAAAUCACUCAUUUCUGACCACUUUAAAUUGUAACAAAGCUUAAAAGUCUUAAAGUUACACUUCAGUCGAAAAUAAAUGUCCACAUUGUCCUCUUUAUCCUAAAUGUAGCUGAUACACGGUUGAUGUUUGAAGUUUGCUUCUUUAGUUUUGCUCUGGUGCUUGGAGGCUAACGCAGCUAACGCACUAACCCUACAUUCACAUUAGCAAAGUGACGGGUGAUCGCUCAUCUUCUCCGUGUGAGCGUGACACAGAGCUGCCAUUUCAGGAACAGCAGCACCAAUAGAUUUUCUCAAUUCUACGCAAUAGAAUUAGGUAGCUAUGAUGCGACGUGAUGCGACAAAUCCAAACAAAUCCAAACAAAAGUCUCGAGCGAUUCCUUGGACAAAUCUUAUGGUCAGAAUCUUCUUCAGUUCCCCACUCAUACCUUCAUCCUGCAAUCCAUUGAACUCAGAACCUGAAAACCCAAAAAAACGUCCUGUGACAUGCAGAAGUGCAACGGAACGGUUAAUAAACUCCAAAUUCCAAAGUCAGGAACUCGAAAAACAUCCGCCUGGAGUUCUCGGAUAUAAACACAGCUGACGUCACAACAAUAUGGCGGCAAACAGAGAACAGAUUUCCCUUUACGUUACUUUCUACCUGAUAAAACUCGAUUUUAUUGGAUAUGUAGCCUUUGUGUCAUGGAAAAGUGUUUGAACAGUUUUACUAACCCGAUAAGACCACUGUGACGGAUCAAUUUUAUUUUUCAUUUUUAUGAGCAAAGAUGAAAAAGAUUCGUUGCUCUAUCUUCUACAUCAUUUCUCCUCUCUAAUCAUGCAGAAAUAAUUCAUAUUAGUUCUUCUCAAUAUGUUUAUUGAAUCCAGAAACUAGCCAUAAAAACUAUGACCUUGCUCUGGUCAUAAUCCAUGAUUUUCUGAGCCAAAGUGCUGAAACACGUUUAGAUCCGAACUGGGGGAAACGUUCUGAGUACAACGGAUUGCAGCAUUAACUCCUACCUGUAAUUAGCUCUCACUCGAUACAAAAGUGGAAGAAAAUCUUAUAACCACGGUUUCAUCUUAUCCUGUCAAAUAUGACCAAGUAUUAAAUGUGUACAGAGACGCUAGGAAGAAAAAUAAAGCUUGGAAGGAAGUAGCAGAGAUCGUCGCUGCCUCUGGUGAGUGUACGUAGCUAGUACAGUUAGCACGCUUUGCUAAGCUAAUCUGAGAAUGAUGCUAGUACGAAGCUGAGCACGUAACGCGUAAAUCACACAAUCGAUUUUCACUCUGAUUAGCGCGCCAUUUGUAUUUAACGAGCUAGAUUUAGACGCUCUAUAUAAUUCAUUACGUUUCUUAUCGGAACUAGUAACUGCUGGACAGGCCACGCCCACACGUGACUUGUCACAUGUGAAUGCAGGGUAAAGGAAGCCUCCAGAGUAACACCAGCGCAAAUUAGCCUCAGAUGGCUUUGUUCAAUGGAGUUGUUCAGAAUCGCAAACACAUUUUGGUUAAAGGGGAAAAACUGUGUGCUAUUUAUUUUCACCUGAACUGCUAUUUUAUGUUUGGGUUCCAUUGUGGUUAUAAAGGACUCUGCUUCUUUCGUUUCUGCGCUGUCUAUCUUAGCUCAGUGUUUUAAUCGUAUUUACUGGUGCUAAUAACACGUCAACAUUAGAUUUAUGAAUGCACUGCAAACUGUCGAACUGACGCCACUUAAUGCCUUUCGCUACUCUGCGCAGUACGUGUGUGUAUUACUGUAACCACGCCACGUUUAACCUGGGGAUCUUUUAUAAACACAUGUAUAGUGCCCUGGACUGAAGGGCUCACAAUGGUGCUCAUUAUAAAGACCAACUACUUUUUUUAUUCUGAUUUUGUGUAACUGUACAUUUCACCUUUCAGAGGAAGAGAAAGAAAGAAAGCGACUACUGCACUGAGGCCUUCCAGGCCGAAUACACACACUCGCAACAUAGUCAGUGCCUUCAACGAGACGCCACCAUCAUUCAGUGUUCACAUCUGUGAGGAGUUUAGGUGUAAAUUCACAAUAAAAGAACGUCUUGGUUUUAACAGGG